UAAAUUAAGUGAUAUAUAUAUCCAUAAAAAAAUAUGGUUACCAUUAGUUGUCAUCAAUUAUUGCUGCCAUCAGUUAUCAUCAAUUUAAUGAUGAAGACAUUGCCAAUCAAAUUGCUWWUAUGUUUAUGUAUUUUGAUGUCAAUGUCAAACGGCGAUCGGAUUAAACAAAAGAUAUAUAAAUCAAUUGAAAGUGACUUCUUUUGCUUUCGUCGACUGAGUGCAAGCCAUCAGAUCGGAUGCAAUUCCAAAGAAGGUGGUAAUGUCGGUACUGUUCAUAUUGUCGACGACGACAAAGAUAUCGAUCAUGUGGUSACCAGUGGCUCACUUGAUCCAUAUAUUGCUGCUAUUUAUCCAAGACAUUUGAAUUUAAAGACAUUAUUGCGAUUCAAAGAGUCGGCCGAUAGGGUCAGCGGUGUUGUCGUACUGGACGUGCGAUCGCCUAAUAGGUCGUUGUUGACGGGUUUGACUGAUGACCAGUCGUGUCCUAACGAUGGCUUUGAUUUGUAUGUCAACGACACAAAGUUUCGUCACUGUCAACAACAGGAAUGGAAUCUAAUAGAUGGUCCGCACAGUACAGGACUCAUGUAUCAGGACUGGCCGUUCCCUAUAUUUGCCAUCAAAAAUACCACUGAUAUCACUAACAUUCAAAAAUGUUUCAAAGAGUUUGGCGGACCGUCAUAUCCCAUAUGUGGCCUACAUUUGGACUCAGCUAUGAAUGCGGCCAAAGAUUCCAAGACAUGUAUCAGACGGUCUGAUCUGUCRACACAGUCAUACUCAUUGAGUCCGCUUUUAUAUUGCGAUCCAUUGGGCGGAAGAAAUAUAUUUUCGACAUUAUUGUGGACAUCGAAAAACGAUACAAUCGAAAAAGAUUCRCUGAUUGUGUUGGCCACCCGWCUGGACUCGUACUCUAUGUUCGACAACAUAUCGCCCGGUGCCGACUCUGUCAUUACCGGUGUUGUAACACUUCUAGCAGUAGCCAAAACUCUCAAUGAUGUCAGAGAAGAGUUUCAAAARGAAAGAACAAAUGGCAAGAAUAUAUUGUUUGCAUUCUUCGAUGGCGAAGCAUUCGAUUACAUUGGUUCCAGUCGUGUACUAUUCGACAUGAAUUCUGGUAAAUUUCCCGUAAAGAACGACUCGGAGACCGAUUUGGCUCAAAUACGUGGCAAUCAGUUUUCACAUUUUAUUGAACUSAAUCAAUUGGCACCGCAUCCGUCAAAUACGGAMACUGUUUGGAUUCAUAAAAAUGUYAAUUCAAGCGACGGAUUCAAAACACUAAGACAAUUGCUGRUAGAUAGUGGCAAAAGUGCCGAUCUURCUGUCGAUGCUGUYGAAGAUGGUCGACCAUUACCGCCGGCAUCGUUACAGACAUUUCAUAAGCAAUAUAAAGACUUGACAGGAGUAGUGCUAAGCAAUCACCAGAAAGAGUAUACAAAUAAGUUCUACAACAGUAUGCACGACGACAACGACUGGGCCAAUGUCAACAUAACUGAUCCAAAUCUUGCCAAACGAUUGGCUAAUAUAGCGACAACUGUAGCGCGUGUUGUCUAUCGUUUGGCCACACAAAAGGACAGACCAGAUCUAGUGGCCAACCAGACACUUGUCAAAGAGAUGCUCGACUGUUAUCUUAAUAACUCAUACUGUGAUCUAUUUAAACGAGUUUCCAGUCCCGACCAAAAAUUUCCAGACCAAAUCGGACGUCCCUAUCAAACAUAUGUGGGUGUGUCGGCGGCAACCAAUCUCUACCGAAUAUAYACACAUUCGUUAUUAACUUAUUUUGUUAGCGACACAAACAAAACAGAUACUAAAAGUACGUGCGAACAGAACAACAAAGAGUCAAAGAAAUUCAACUACUAUUGGAUAUCUGGCCCGACAGGUACCGGUGUAUGUAUUAGAUCGCAAGCCUUUCAAACCGAAGCCGUUUCGCCGGCUUUUCUAAGUCAAGGAGUGGUAACCGAUCCGGAACUAUACUCGACAUGGACUGAGAGCCGAUGGACCAGCUCUAGCGUUCGUCUAUUUAUAAUACCCAGUCCUCUACAACAAUGGCUAACAUUAAUCAUUGGCUUAUUUUUUACGUUCGCAUCAUUUAUAUUAUUAUACUUUUUGGACAAGAAAUCGCCGAUACUUUUUGAGACAUCUAUCGACUCCAUUGUUACCCAACAAUCACUACCAGUUGGCUGUUAACCAAACCUGUGUGUGUGUGUGUGUAAUAUGUUUACACAUUUUUACCAAUAAUUAUGAAAUUAUUAUAUAACAUAACAUAUAACUGAACAUUUCAUAAAUUAUUUGUCAAUUGCCUCAUCA